CCACACACCAGAAGCAACCCCGCAAGGCGAGCGUGCACAACAUACAGGCCUUCAUUUGUCACCUCGUUUCUGCGUAUUCGGCAUCGCUUUAGCUUUCCCCUAUGUCGAAUUCUCAUAUGCUCAAUAUCGAUAAGCUCUUCAAAUGGAAGCAAGGCGCCCAGGAAUCAAGCGCAUUUCCCCAGGUCAUCAAUCCGGAGAAGCAACCAUGUUUCAUACCCUUGCGGCAAGUCACAGAAUAUCUCAAAGACACCAGGCGCCUUCGUGAUAUACUUAGUGAACUGUUCCUUGGCCUAGAUCUUCCUGUCUCCACGGAAACUAUUCAAAAGUACUAUCCAAGGAUCUUCCUUAUCCUGGUGCUCAUCGAAAGAGGUCAAUAUAUUGAGCGAUUCGUCGAACAUGAAGAGCUGAGGGACGAAAAGCUGCCUUUUCAUACCAAGCCUGAGAAUUUUCCGGAAAUCCCGGACCUUUAUCAGCAAUUCUACAAUCAGCAAUGGGAAUUUUGUCCCUAUACUUUUGUCCAUCAGGCAAAUGAAAAAAUCCCAGCCCAUCGCAUUUUACCAUUUACACAGUAUGAGCGAUGUGGGAAUGGAGGGAAUGCAAGCAUCCACAGAGUGUUUCUACUGCCGGACUACAACAAAUUACGCCCUGUAGAAACGACCGGAAAAAAUUCCAACUUAUCUUCCCAGGAGUUGAACACAUUUGUUGUCAAAACUUACCGCUCAAGAGAUGCUGAAAAGUACUAUGAUGCUGAAAAAAGGGCUUUUUUGAAAUUCCGACGUUCCGAAAAUUUGAUAAAGUUCUACGGAAGUUUUAUCUACAAUGACACGUACAAUCUCAUUCUGGAAAACGCUAACGGUGGGUCGCUGGAGGACUAUUUUCAGAAAGUUACCCCACCUUCUACGGAAGAGGACAUACUAGCUUUUUGGAAACGCCUACUUGGCCCCGUCACAGCUUUGCUCGAAGUACAUAAUGGAGGCUCUGGAGAUGAUGCUGCAAAGGCCCCUGUCUUUCAAGGAUGGCAUCAAGAUGUCAAACCCACCAACAUUCUUGUUGUUAACUUCAAAGACGAAACCCCGUAUUCAUGUCAGUUCAAGUUGGGUGAUCUCGGCUUGAGUCACUUCAUGAAGACUUCAUCUCGGAACGAGACAUAUGGUUCAGAUACCAGUGGUACACGCACAUACGGAGCUCCAGAAUGCUGUCGUCCAGAUGACGAUAUUAGAAACAUACCCUUGCAAAUCAAGCAAAGCGUUGACAUCUGGUCCAUUGGAUGUGUUUACUGUGAGGCUGUUGUUUGGGUGAUGUUGGGCAGAGGUGGCCUAGAAGGGUAUCGCCAGCGCCGCCAAAAAGAAACCGACUCUAGAGGAUGUGGGGACAGGGGUUGUUUCCACGAUGGCACGGGGACACUCACAUGUGCUCUGGAUUACCCCAAUACGAUUCUGGAGAAAAAACAGAAAAGAGAAUGCGACACUGUGACCGAACAUAUAUUCGAAGUGGUACGAAAGGCGCUGAGAUCGGACUCAGAAGCACGACCGACUGCGAAGAUAUUGCGGACAGACAUUCUGGACAUUCUUACUCUACAACAAAAGCGAACAGCAGCUUCACGGAGAAACACAGCACCGGUCAUCCUACAGAAUGGUAUUCAAGUAAAUGGUCCAGAAUUACCCCCUCUAACACCGCCGGGUGCACCUGGUUGGAGGCCUCGAAGACAAGGUCCUGAACUUCCUGGACCUUCUAGUGCCAGUGGGCGGAAUAUCUCCACCAGAAGGAACGCGCAUACUAGAUCCUCCGGUCCUUCAUGUGACGUAUCGUGUGAUACAGAUGGCAGGCGUGGAUUUGGAGGCAUGGAUACCAGCCCCGUCAACAGCCCCACAAACAUGAGUACGGAUAGCCUCACAUCGCCCCGGCCGUUGCCCGACAGGCCGACAGGCACCCAAGCAACUGGGGGCUUACUUCGUUGGUCUAUGAUAUCUACGAGUACCGUAGGCCUCCCCAGGAACGAAAAUCUGCCAUUCCUUGGCGUCAGUCAAGCACUUCAUUGGAAAGCUGAUGCGAAAAAUUCCGAUCCGAAAAUUGUCAACUGGAUUUCUGCGGUUCUCCAUAUGAAAAGAAGUAGCGUUCGGCCAAGGCUACAAGACGAGUGGCUUCUCACGAAUUUGAAGGAACGCGAUCUUAUUUUCCUUAUUGAUGAUACAAACUCUAUGAAAAAUCACUGGGGAAAUGUCGACAUGAUUUUCGGUUUGUUAGCAUAUAUGGUGAAAGAUGUAGAUCCCGAUGGCAUCGAAUUGUUUUUUUCGAGCGCCGAAAAGGGAUUCAAAGGCAAAAACACCAGCGAACUGUCGAAGAUGUUGAAAAAGCGACAUGACAAGCAUUCCACUGACACUUCGGGCAUAAGGGAGCGCCUCAAUGAGCUUUUUAAAAGGUACCUGGAUGAUUACGACAAUGGCAACCGCCCUCAGACCGGCUUGUUUCCUAGAAAACCGGCAUCGUUCAAGGAAAAAGGACGAAUGACCAUAUACGUUUUCACUGACGGGGAGUGGUACCAAGACCCUCGAGUUGACGUUGAAAACCUGAUCAUGUCCUUUAUCAAAGACCUCCGAAAAAGGAAUAUCAAACGAAAAAGGGUUGGCAUUCAGUUUAUCACAUUUGACGUCGCAAAGGGCAGCGAAAAAGACAAAUUCUUUGAAAAGUUGGAUUGGGGCCUAUCGCCAAACCGAAGUUACGAUAUUGUUGAUGCCGAGCCAUUCGAGAAGAAUGUGUGGAAGAUGCUUCUUGGCUCCAUCAACAAGCUUUUCGAUGAUGAUGAUGAUGGGUCGUUGUCUACAUAUCAACAACAGCUCAGUCUAGCCUCUCCGCAUGACGUCCCGGAAUAAUUCGGUUACCUUUGUUCCACACAGAUCAGAGGACACACCAGAGUAAUUUUGUUUUCCUAUUAGGUACUUUUGCAAGUCAUGAGUUGGCUGUUACAGAUUUUGGUGGUUCCAGGCAGUGUUCAUAGUUAAGUAUCAUAUAUUUCCUUAAAUGGAGCCUUACGGCAUGCUCAAAGCUUUUAUUUUCUUUAAAAUUGUCCUAAUGACCUUCCUUCCGUUUAUUUUUCUCCAAUAUCGGCGACAACAAUCGCUGGAACAAAGCUUGUUUUGUUCCUUUGGAUUAGCUUCGGUCAGUAUAGAGAGGUCCUUUAGAUCAGGGUUUAAAGUCGUCCAGCCC